AACUAACCUCACAUUCUUUUUGCGUCAAACUUUCCCGCAACAAGACCGUGUGCUUGUUCUCUCUCGAGCUAAGGCCUUUGGCGACUUGCACUAUUUAAUUUUUAAUAAAAAACUACAAAAAAUAUGACUACCAACGCCGAAUUAGCCUGUGUAUAUUCAGCACUCAUUUUGGCUGACGACGACAUUGCCGUAACUGGUGAAAAGAUCCAAACGAUCCUUAAAGCCGCAAAUGUAGAUGUUGAACCAUACUGGCCAGGUCUAUUCGCUAAGGCUUUGGAAGGAGUCAGCAUUAAGGAACUGAUUACGAACAUCGGUUCAGGUGCAGGAGCAGCACCAGCAGCAGGCGCUGCGCCAGCUGCCGGACCAGCCGCCCCCGCAGCAGCUGCACCCAAAGAGGAGAAAAAGAAGGAAGAGGAGCCUGAGGAAUCCGACGAUGACAUGGGCUUCGGUUUAUUCGACUAAGUACAACUUUUUAGUUUGUAAGGGUUGUAUUUUAUAAAUAAACUUGUUUUAUAAGAAA